ACUACUCAUUGCUCUUGCAUUCCGGAAAACACUUUGCAGUGAAGUCAAAUUGGGGCGGCGAGUAAUUAAAAAUGAUCCCAAGUUAGGAAUCCACGAAGCGAACUCUUACCUCGGUCGCAGUUUGGUCACGCGGGCUCUCAAAAACGACACAAUCGAUUUCUGGGUGACAGCUGUCUGUCACAAAGUGACUAGCAGUAAAAACAGCAACCAGUUGGCGCAGUUUGUGAGUCAUCCAAAUUUGAAGUUGAUUUUUGUUGACAUCUUUUCAUCAGAGCAGAUGAAAGGAAUCUUCUACGAUUGUGACGUCAUCAUCUCAUGCAUCGGAGGACGAAGAUCAUGUUCGACCCUUCCGACCAGAACUACUCUUUACAGCGAGGCCACAAAAGUCCUUCUUUGUUCCCUGGUUGAAUCCGAAUCAAGAAAGCAAGCUGCUGCCCUCAAUCAGAUGAGAGGGGACGAGACUUCUCGUACUGAGACGAAUAAAGAGUCGGCAGAAGGCGUUAGCCAAUCAGAAUCUAGUGGUUCAAUGCGGCAACCACUGCACCUCAUUUAUGCCAGCACUUGGGGAACUAAAUCUCUUCUUGACAAAUGGGAUCAAGCGAGGGAACCGAGAGUCGAAGUGCAUUUCAAACAGUGUAUCGUCAGCCCAUCCGAAUUCCGAAACAACGUCGUCGACUUAGAUGCCGCCGAAACUCUCCUUCUCGACUCGGAUGUGAACCCAUUUAAACCCAACACCACUAUAGUCCGAGCACCCGAAAUAGUCAACGAGAAUGACUAUUUCGGCACAAGCUGCGAGACUAGAAAUCGACUUCGGAUCCAUAUUGAGGAAAAUAAGUCUUAUGUGCUUGACUCGCGUGAACGAAUUUCAGCCGACGAUUUUUCCAAGUUUUUACUCAGAUGCGUAACCGAAAAACUUUGCAAUGGAAAAGUUAUAGCCAUUGGACUUUUUGAUUAACAAUUCAAACCUACAUAAAAAGCAGAGAAAGCUUCGAAUAAAGGAAUUUAAUAGUAACCACAACAAUUUACAACAAACUAUUCAAUUAAGAGAAGCAUCAUUUCAUAAUUUGAUUUUUUUUUCAGCAUUGCCCAGUGAUUUAAAAUUCGAA